UCGGCUACAUGCCUCAAGAAUUAGGCAAGCUCUCCUGGAUGACGGGACGGCAGCUCAUGCACCACAUGGCCAGGAUGCGCCGGAUUCCUGCAGCGGUCAUCUAUAACGUUGUGAACCAGGUCAUGUACAUGCUGGAUCUUUUCGACGAUGCCGACAAGCCCAUCGGACAUUUCAGCUCGGGGGCCCUACGCAAGCUGUCGAUGUCCUUGGCAGUCUUGGGAGCGCCACAGGUGCUGCUGCUCGACAAUCCGACCCAGCAUCUGGACCCCGUGUCGAGAAAGCGCUUGUGGCACACCAUCAUCACCUUCGUCAAGAAGACGCACGCAUCUGUGCUCAUCGCCACAGACGAACUCGCGUGAGGUUCCGCGUCACGGACGACAAGGUGGACUGGGAGCGGAUCAUGCUGUGCCUGGAGGAGCUGCGCCGCCAGCUGGGCAUCGUCGAGGAGUACGUGCGCGUGACCACCACCCUGCAGCACGCCUACUACCGCUGCCUGCUGUCCCAGCCGACCCCGACGCCGUCGCUGGCCCUGUCGCCCGGCGCGUCGGGAGCGCCCUUCGUGGCCCCCGCCGACGCUCAACAGCUGCCCGACGAGUACCGGGCCGAAAAGCCGCGCUCUGCCUUUCCCCAGGCCGCCGCCUACGGGAGCCCAUCCUCAUACGUCCACUCUCCGCCUCCCC